AUGUCAUAUAUCGGAUGGACUGUUCAGGACUGGAUUAAAUUCCACUUCGAGAACACUCCCAAUGAAUCAUUCGCUUUAUUGGUGGAAUUAGUCAAGUCUCAAUCCACGGAAGAUCCAGCAUGGAUUUCGUUGGCUGAUGAAGAGAGCUUGACGCACCAAUGGAAAUUUUUACAAUCGAAAUCAAAUAAGAUGAGUUUGCCGUUGUACGGGGUCCCAAUAGCUAUUAAGGACAACAUAGAUGUGAAGGAUUUUGCUACUACUGCUGCGUGUCCUUCAUUCAGCUAUCAAGCAGAAGAAGAUGCUACGACUGUGAAGUUGUUAAGAAAUGCAGGUGCAAUUAUCAUAGGUAAGACCAAUUUAGAUCAGUUCGCAACAGGAUUGGUUGGAACCAGAUCACCAUACGGAAUUACUACCAACGCAUUCAGCAAGGACCAUGUAAGCGGGGGAUCAUCCGCUGGGUCUGCUUCGGUUGUAGCAAGAGGAAUCGUUCCAGUUGCAUUAGGAACAGAUACUGCAGGAUCAGGUAGAGUUCCCGCAGGAUUAAACAACUUGGUUGGAUUAAAGCCAACAAAGGGUGUUUUUUCGUGUAAGGGUGUAGUUCCAGCAUGUAAAUCAUUGGAUUGUGUUUCUAUCUUUCUGUUGAAUUUACAAGAUGCACAAUUGUUGUUUAAUGUUAUGGCACAUGAAGAUGGCGAACAUGACGAAUAUUCUAGACUGAUGCCAAAGAAUCCGUUAGUCAAAUUUUCUCUGGCCCCAAAGAUUGCAGUUCCAAACAACUUGUUGUGGUAUGGCGAAGAAUCUAAUCCCAAAUUAUAUAAUGAAGCAGUAAAUGUCUUUUCUAAGUUGGGAGGUGAAAUGGUUUCUUUGGAUAUUGAGCCAUUAUUAGAUUUGGCUAAGUGUCUUUAUGAAGGACCUUGGGUUUCUGAAAGAUAUACAGCCUUGAAGGAUUUCUUGGCAACAAACCCACCAAAAGAGACAUUAGAUCCCGUUGUUCAUUCUAUUAUUCAAGGUGGAAAGCAAUAUUCUGCCGCCACUGCCUUUGAUUUCGAAUACAAAAGACAGGGAAUCUUACAAACAGUCAACAAAUUACUAAAAGAUAUAGAUGUGAUUAUCUUACCCACUUCCCCAUUAAACCCCACAAUCAAGCAAAUUGAGCAAGAACCUAUCAAAAUAAACUCAUAUCAAGGUACAUAUACUAAUUUUGUUAACUUGGCCGAUAUGUCUGCAUUAGCUAUACCAGGUGGCUUCCGUCCUGAUGGUUUACCAUUUGGUAUUACUUUAUUAUCACAUAAAUUUAAUGACUAUGCUUUACUUGAGUUAGCAAAUCGUUAUAUGAAAUUAUAUUCUCAAUCAACUCCAAGAUUUUUAGGCUGUUUGAAAGAUAAAAAAGUUUCUACUAUGGGUGACGAGUUGUUGAAUUUACCAGAAGUUGACUUCAACUCACAAAUCAAACUUGCUGUUGUAGGAGCACAUUUGAAGGGAUUUCAAUUACAUUGGCAAUUAGAAAAGUGUCAUGCAACAUUCAUUGAGUCAACAACCACUUCACCAAACUAUAAAUUAUACGCAUUGCCUAAGACAGGACCAGUUGCAAAACCAGGAUUGAGAAGGGUUACUGAAUUCGGUGACAGCAUCAUAGUAGAGGUCUAUGCUAUUCCUAAAGAGAGAUUUGGUGAUUUCAUGAGUAUGGUUCCUGAACCAUUGGGUAUUGGAUCUGCUGAAUUGAAAUCCGGUGAAUGGGUAAAGUCAUUCAUUUGUGAGGAAUUUGGAUACAAUUUGCCAGGUACAGUUGAUAUCACUAAAUAUGGAGGAUGGAAAAAUUACCAAUCCUUCUUAGAACAAGAAACUAAUAAAACCUUGAGACCUUUCAAAACUGUAUUAGUUGCCAAUAGAGGCGAAAUUGCCGUUAGAAUAAUGAAAACUUUGAAGAAAUUAGAUAUCAAAUCAGUCGCAGUUUAUUCAAAUCCUGAUAAAUAUGCUAAACAUUCAUUGAUGGCAGAUGUAUCGAUACCCUUGCAUGGGGUAUCAUCUGCGGAAACUUAUCUUUCCAUCGAUAAAAUCAUUGAGGCUGCAAAAUUCUCAGGCGCCGAAGCCAUUAUCCCGGGUUAUGGUUUCCUUUCAGAGAAUGCAGACUUUUCUGACCGUUGUAUCAAAGAAGGGAUCGUUUUUGUCGGACCUUCUGGUGAUGCUAUUAGAAAAUUGGGGUUAAAACAUUCAGCUAGAGAAAUUGCGGCUAAAGCUGGUGUUCCUCUAGUUCCUGGUUCUGACUUGGUCGAGGAUGCUAAAGAGGCUAAAUUAAUUGCUGCAAAAUUGGAAUACCCUGUUAUGGUAAAAUCUACCGCUGGUGGUGGUGGUAUCGGUUUACAGAAGGUUGAUUCGGAAAAAGAAAUUGAAAGAGUCUUCCAAACAGUUCAACAUCAAGGUAAAUCUUAUUUUGGAGAUCCAGGUGUUUUUAUUGAAAGAUUUGUGGAAAAUGCCAGGCAUGUCGAGGUUCAGGUUUUUGGUGAUGGAUAUGGUAAAGCGAUUGCAUUGGGAGAAAGAGACUGUUCUUUGCAACGUCGUAACCAAAAAAUUAUAGAAGAAACGCCAGCACCAAAUUUAUCAGAAAAGACUAGGCAAAAAAUGAGGAAGGCAUCAGAAUCUUUGGCUGCGUCAAUCAAUUAUAAAUGUGCUGGUACGGUUGAGUUCAUUUAUGACGAAAAGAGAGACGAAUUUUAUUUCUUAGAAGUCAAUGCUCGUUUGCAAGUUGAACAUCCAAUUACUGAAAUGGUUACUGGCUUAGACUUAGUUGAAUGGAUGUUAUUAAUUGCCGCUGACAAGGCACCAGAUUUUAACAGGGAAAUAACUGUCACUGGUGCUUCAAUGGAAGCAAGAUUGUAUGCAGAAAACCCUGUUAAAGACUUUAUGCCUUCUCCAGGUCAAUUGACUGAAGUUUCCUUUCCAUCUUGGGCAAGAGUUGAUGGAUGGGUUGAAAAAGGUACAAUUGUUUCUGCUGAAUAUGAUCCAACUUUAGCGAAAAUCAUCGUACAUGGUAAAGAUAGAAUUGAUGCAUUGAGAAAAUUACGUGAUGCUCUUAAUGAAACUGUUGUUCAUGGAUGUGUCACUAAUAUUGAUUAUUUGAGAUCAAUUGCCAAUUCAUCUAUGUUUGCUGAAGCAAAGGUUGCUACGAAAGUCUUAGAUUCCUAUGACUAUAACCCAACCGCAUUUGAAAUUUUGAAUCCUGGAGCCUAUACUACUGUCCAAGACUUCCCAGGUAGAAAAGGCUACUGGCACAUUGGUGUCCCACCAUCUGGUUGUAUGGACGAUUACGCCUUUAGAAUGGCUAAUAGAAUUGUUGGAAAUCAUAAGACAGCACCAGGUAUUGAAAUUACAUUCAUCGGUCCUAAAAUAUUAUUCCACCAUGAUGCAAUAAUUGCAGUCACAGGUGGCUCUGUUAGCGUUGAUAUUAAUGGUACAUCUGUAGAUCAAUGGAUUCCUAUUCAUAUUAAAAGAGGUGACAAAUUGACAAUCGGUAAACUUACCUCGGGUUGCAGGGCUUACUUAGCUAUCAGAGGAGGCAUUGAUGUUCCCGAAUACUUGGGCUCAAGAUCCACUUUUGCUUUAGGUAACUUAGGAGGUUAUAAUGGAAGAGUUUUGAAGUUAGGUGAUGUAUUGUUUUUGGGUCAACCAGAAAUUGCUGGCUGCAAAUUACCAUCCGCCAUUUCUGAACCUGCUCCAAUUCCAAAAAGCUUGAUUCCAUCUUAUGACUUCAAUGCAACCAAAAACUGGAUCGUCGGUGUUACUUGUGGACCCCAUGGCUCUCCUGAUUUUUUCAAACCGGAGUCAAUAGAGGAAUUCUUCAGUGAAAAAUGGAAAGUUCAUUAUAAUUCAAAUAGAUUUGGGGUUAGGUUAAUUGGACCAAAACCAAAAUGGGCUAGAUCCGAUGGUGGUGAAGCUGGUUUACAUCCUUCAAAUGCGCACGAUUAUGUUUACUCAUUAGGUGCAAUUAACUUCACAGGUGAUGAGCCAGUCAUUUUAACUUGUGAUGGGCCAUCCUUAGGUGGAUUUGUAUGUCAGGCCGUUAUUGCUGAGGCAGAAAUGUGGAAAAUUGGACAAGUCAAACCAGGUGAUUUCAUCCAAUUUGUUCCUAUUUCUUAUGAAGAUGCCAAGGAUUUAAAGCAUGGUCAAGAUAAGGUUAUUGAAGAUUUGGAGGGAGAUUUACCAACUAUCACUAGUAAGGUAUUAACGAAGCCUGAGAACCCAAUCAUUGCAGAACAUAAACCUAGUUCAAAAUCCCCAUCAGUUGUAUAUCGUCAAGCUGGUGAUAGAUAUGUCCUUGUUGAAUAUGGUGAUAACAUCUUGGAUUUGAAUUUAUGCUAUAGAAUUCAUAAAUUAAUUAACAUGGUCCAAGAGAAUAAAACACCAGGGAUUGUUGAGAUGUCGCAGGGUGUUAGGUCUGUUUUGAUUGAAUACAACUCUGAAAUCACUCAGCAACAUCUAGUCGAUACUUUAAUCUCUUUCGAAAAAGAAAUUACUUUCGUUAAUAAAUGGAAGGUUCCUUCCAGAAUUAUUAAGUUACCUAUGGCAUUCGAAGAUAAAAAGACAUUAGAUGCUGUCAAAAGAUACCAAGAAACCAUUAGAGCUGAAGCACCCUGGUUACCAAACAAUGUAGAUUUUAUUGCUGAAAUUAAUGGCUUAACGAGAAAUGAUAUCAAGGAUAUGAUGUACACCGCCAGAUACUUGGUUCUUGGGUUAGGUGAUGUUUUCCUUGGAGCCCCAUGUGCGGUACCAUUAGACCCAAGACAUAGAUUGUUCGGCACGAAAUACAACCCUUCUCGUACUUACACUCCUAACGGUUCUGUUGGUAUCGGAGGUAGUUAUAUGUGUAUUUAUACAAUGGAAUCUCCAGGUGGUUAUCAAUUGAUCGGACGUACUAUCCCAAUUUGGGAUAAAUUGACAUUGGGAACCAAUUCAGAUCAACCAUGGUUAUUGUCUCCUUUUGACCAAAUUGAAUUUUAUCCUGUUUCUGAGGAACAAAUUGACAAGUAUACUGAACAAGCUUCUGUCGGUAAGUUCAAGAUUGAUAUUGUUGACUCUGUAUUUGACCACAGAAAAUACUUGGACUGGGUCCAAGAAAACUCAGAGUCCAUCGAAAAAUUCCAGAACCAAAGUGGAGAAAAGUUAGAAGAAAUCAGUAACCUUAUUAAACAAUCUAAUGCCGACUUAGAAAAGAGUUCUGUGUCUGAAAAAACUGACGAGGAUAUCUAUGGUGAAAAUGCUGAAAAGGUUUACUCUGAGUAUUCGGGUAGGGUUUGGAAGCCACUUGUUGAAGUCGGUGAAGUAGUUAAAGAUGGACAAGGUAUACUUAUUGUCGAAGCUAUGAAAACAGAAAUGGUUGUUAGUGCCACCAAAGCUGGUAAAGUUGUGAAAUUAGUUCAUGACAAUGGAGAUGUCAUUGAUGCUGGUGACCUAGUUGCAAUUAUUGAAUAA